GAGACUCUUCCCCAGACACAUAACUAGGGCCUCGCUCUCCUCCCCAUUCUCAUCGCCAUGGCCCACACUCGAGCUCAAACAGCGGCCCAAAGGGCGCUCCCAUCACCGGCAUCAAAUUAUCAAGGAAAUCGACCCCAGGGCAAUCGCCUACGUCCAACUACACCCAGCGAGACGCCGACCCCACAAGAACAACCGGCGCCUGUCCAGAGCAGAGGUCGCAAGCGCAAGCACCCAACCGGACACGCACUCGAGGGAGACCCAGACCCAGACCCAGACCCAGACCCAAAGCGACAGCGGACAUCUCCUCCACGCCCUACAGAAGACGCAUUUGGCGAGCCAGCGAUUGGCAGCGGCGCCCACAAACACACUGACCCAGUUGCUUUCUGGGUGAAGGAAGGGCGCUGGCCAGAGGAGCAGGACUGGCCGGAAGAGACCUCAGAGACGGAUUUUACCAUGGAUCGUCUACCACUUGCGCGAAAGAAAUCCUCGUCCAAUCUGUCCCGGAAGCGAUCGAACUCUGCUACAUCCACGACGCCCAGCGACCAGAAGCCGAGGGAGGAGAAGAGCGCGCCGUAUAGGGAUGCGCGAUACACAGUCCUACUCGAGACCAAAGGCUCAUACAUGGAUAUCUCUGAGCUUGGUAUUACCGAUACGAGUAAGCAGCUUAUUAGGGACCUCCUUAACGGCAAGCAGUCGGUUCCUCAGGGAACCCUCUUUGACGAUUCUAUCUUUGUUAAUGCUUGCCGCAACCUCGAGAAUAAGAAUGAGGCGAGGAUUAUUCAAGACGUCUCAAGGCUUAUCGUUCCUUCGGCGGAAUCGCUCGCACUCUGGAAUAAAACCUGUAAAUGCCUUGUCGAAAGCGUCAACGAAGGGUGGAACAACUCGAUCCCUCUCACCAGCACCCGUCCACAGCCUGACUACUCCGUUGGGUUCAGACGAGAAGCAUUCACUAAGGACCAGCUCGCCAAGUUGUCACCAUUCAUUGGCGACUUCAUCACCGGGGACCAGUCUUUCUUCAUGGCCACGUACUACAUGUACUUCCCGUUCCUGACUUGCGAGGUGAAGUGUGGCGCAGCGGCGCUCGACAUCGCAGAUCGGCAGAACGCCCAUAGCAUGACCCUUGCGGUACGGGGCAUCGUCGAGCUCUUCCGUGCUGUCAAGCGCGAGGAUGAGGUCAACCGGAAGAUCCUCGCCUUCUCCGUCUCGCACGACCACCAGUCAGUACGGAUUUAUGGCCACUACCCAGUGAUAACCGGGAAAGACACCAAUUAUUACCGGCACCCGAUCCACCAGUUUUACUUCACUGCGUUGGAGGGCAAGGAGAAGUGGACAGCAUACCGAUUCACCAAGAACGUCUACGACAUAUGGAUGCCCAAGCAUUUCGAGAAUAUCUGUUCUGCCAUCAAUCAGUUGCCGUCGGAGUUGAACUUUGAUGUCCCACCGCUUUCCGAGGCGACCGGGCUUUCCCAGGAUUUGGGGACCUUGAUGCAGUCAGAUGCCAGCUGCGCUUCUCUGCCUGACGAGGGGGGCAGCCAGUCAAGCAAUGCCGGGCAACAGGCGGUCACUCCAGGUACCUCAUUCAGUGGGCCGAAGAGGAGGAAAGGAUAA